UCUAAGCCCACAGCCCCAACACGAGGCACGGCCUACUGCCCUCGGUCAUCCGGAGCCUUGUAGGCGUUGUAGCCACUUUGUAGCCAAGCCUUGGUUUGGAUAUACUUGCGGUGUACUUCAUUUGCAGUGCCUGGUCUAUCAGUGUAUCACUAGAACUGCAAAAAUGGCGGCAUGGUCUCUGCGUCUGCCAUUGACAACUCCGUGGAGAACUGGUAAUAAUUAUGGCAGACUCAAACCCUUUUCAUAUCCAUGGAAUAUUUCUAUCUAUAAGCAUAAAACCCAAUUGAAUAUAAAGCUACUUGCCCAUUACUCCACUACUUCAUCAUCACCUUCAAUUUCUGAUUCUACUCAAACUCAUGAACCCCAAAUUCAACCCCAGAUUCAUGAAUCAGUCGCUUCUCCUUCGAAAUGGGAAUCUUUCCGAAAGAAGAAAGUUGUCAUGCGCGUUGGUUAUGUUGGUUCCAACUACAAAGGCUUGCAGAAACAACAAGAGGAUAACAUUCCCACCAUUGAAGAAGCUUUGGAGAAUGCCCUUUACCAAGCCGGUGCCAUCAACGACACCAAUUUUGGUAACUUGAACAAAAUUGCCUGGGCAAGAAGUAGCCGAACCGAUAAAGGAGUUCAUUCACUUGCCACGAUGAUAUCUUUGAAAAUGGAAAUUCCUGAUUAUGCGUGGAUGAAUGACCCUAAUGGUCUCGUUCUUGCAGACCACGUUAACCAGCAUCUCCCUAAUGAUAUAAGAGUGUUUAGUAUUUUACCUUCUCAAAGGAGUUUUGAUCCUCGACGGGAAUGUCAUGUCCGGAAUUAUGCAUACCUUCUUCCGGCUGAAGUUAUUGGAAUAACAAGUCACUCCUCCACUGCUGAAAUUGAUUAUCAUAUAAAAGACUUCAAUGAGAUUCUAAAUAAUUUCGAGGGAGAAUAUCCUUAUCAUAAUUAUACAGCCAGAUCAAAAUAUCGAAGAAGGCCGCUAAAAGGACGUGCAAAUAGAAGACACAAAAAAUCUAAUAAGCUGCCACUUGCAGAGGUAGAGGAAAAUAAUGACGAUUUUCAGUCCUCGGUUGAUGAUGCAGAUGCAUUAUGUGAUGAAGAACUGAUCACUGAUUUGCCAGACGACAGUGAUCUUGAUGAGGUGUUUGAUUCUGAAGAUAGCCAUGGUGAUGAGUCAGAAAAGAAAAAUUCUUCUGUUAUUAAAGCUAGAUGGCUUCACGAGCGUGAUGAUGCGGACAAGCUCAGUGCUGCUCACUGGAGAAAGAUAUUUCAGUGUUCUUGUGGCAAGUUGGAUCAGUCACUUGAAAUGGGUUUUGUGGAGCUCUCGAUAUGUGGAGAGUCUUUCAUGUUGCAUCAAAUCCGCAAAAUGGUUGGCACCGCUAUAGCUGUUAAACGUGGAUUGUUUCCCAGAGAUAUUCUAAUGUUGUCACUCAACAAAUUCUCGAGAAUUGUCCUACCUAUUGCUCCAUCAGAAGGUUUAUUUUUAAGAGGAAAUGACUUUAGAUUGAGGAAACUUCCUGGAAAUAAAAAAAGGCCAGAGAUGCAGACCUUAGCUGAUUCUGAAGAAAUUAAAAAGGAAGUAGAUAAGUUCUAUGUAACUGUACUGGUACCUCAGGUUUCUAAGUUUUUGGACCCUCAUAAGUCUCCCUGGAAGGAAUGGAUUGAGAUUCUGGAUGCUAAUGCGAGCAUACUAGAAUCGGAGUUGGAUGAAGUCAGAAAUGCCUGGAAUGCGUGGAAUGAAGAAUUUCCAAAUAGGAUUAUUUCUAGAAGGAAACCUGGAGCAUUAGAUGAAUGAUAUGAGAUGAAUAUAUAACAAUUCAAAAUUUGACAAGUGAUGGUGCUAGCCUAUCUGGAGCAUUGUUAAGCAUAAGCAUCUUCCUGCAACCUGCAGGUGAAUUCACUGAUUUUCGUUCUCUUUCCUAGUAUGUCUGUUGCUUAGCAUUAAACAUUUUCUUCUGCUACUGGGUUAUGCAAAAUGGUACAUGGCUUAUAAUCAAUUUGUUGUAACUGAAGAUUGAGCUUUUUUUUUUCCCCUCUUGUCUAUAUUAAUUUUGAUGAAUUUUUUAUUAUCACCGUAAAUAUAACUUGUCAGCUCAGUGUUCUCUUGCAUUCAUUUAAACACCAUUUCGAACAUAAUGGAGUCUCUACUUGGUAUUGGUCUUA